GAGGUGCGGCGGCUGGCACAGGAGCUGAUGGAAUUCAGGCGAGUGUCGGCAGAGGAGAUGCGGCGGAGCGUGUAUGCCAACUACCCCGCCUUCAUACGCACAUCGAAGCAGAUCUCCGCCUUCCAGGUGCAGCUGAAGCGCAUGCGGGAGAUGCUGACGCUCAACACGGCGCUCAUCCACUCGCUCGCAGAGAAAGGAAGCUGCCAGAGCCGCACCAUCGCACUCUCGCUCUUCGCCCACUCCUCGCCGCAUCACAGCCGCCGCAGGUCUGAAGGGGGGGGGAUUCACGAUGAUGGGUCCGACUCUACCCAUACGCCAGACCAUUCUGUGCACUCCUCUCCCCCUGGAACCCCGCAUGCGGGUUGGCAUGGGGCCGGGGCGAGGGAGAGUGGUCAGGUGUGGGCGGUAGGGAGCACUGGGAGUGUGAUUAUGGUGAAGGAUGGGGAGGGGGGGGAGGUGAGGUUGAGAAGGAGGAGGACGAGAGGGAGGGAUGGGGAGGGGGAGGAGGAGGAAGAGGAGGAGGAUGGGAUGGAGGAGGGGUGGGAUGAGGAGGAGAGGGAGCCGACGGAGAUGGAGAGGUAUGCGGAGGCGUUGCCUGAUGUACUGGAUGGGCUUAUAACGGAGCAGAAGAUUGACCAGGCGAUUGAGUUGCUGGAGCAGGGGCAGCAGAUGGCACAACUCUCGUUACAGUCACAUGAGAGGAGGAGGAACAAGGAGGGGGAGUUUGCUGAAGGGGAAGCGGGAGAGGGUGGUGGAGAAGGGGAGGGAGGGGAGGAGGGUGAGGAGAGAGGAAAGGUGUGGGAUGGAAAGGGUGGUGGGGAGGAGAGGGAAGAAGGGCGGGUGGAAAGGUGGUUGAGAGAGGAGGACGGGGGAGGGGAAGCGGAAGAGGAGGGGGAGGAGGCGGAAGAGGAGGAAAAGGAGGAGGGGGAGCAUGGCGAGCAACGGAGAGCACGGUCAGAGCAGGGUUGGGAUGAGAUGCCUCUCACAAAGAGGUCUCUUACUGGGGGAACGCGUAGAGAGGAGUGGGGUUAUGUGUAUGAAGGUAUGGGGAAGGGGAGCAGUGUGGAUGGUGUGCCGGUAGGAGGCGGCGGCUUGAGAGGCAGCUUAAAAGAGAGCCUGAAAGAGGGCUUGAAAGGGGGCUUGAAGACGGGGCCUCGAGCAAGGAGUGUGGAGGAGAACGUGGGGAAUGCAGGGUUGGCGGGCGAGAGGUUAGGGAAUGGGGAUGUGGAGGAGAGCUCACGGCAGGGGGGUAGCUUUCAGGGCAGGAGGCGGAACGCUGCAAAAGCGUCUGCAGCAGCUGCUGCUGCUAGAGCUGUUGAGGCGGCAGCAGAGGGAAGGGGAGGGGAAGGAGCAGAGGGGAGGAAAGAAAGGGCUGAAGUCUUGAAUAAGAGGAUCAUUUCUAACAAUAACCAGCAGAGUGUAAAGGGCGGAAACCCCCCUCAGAAAGUAUCCAGCCAAGAAGGAGAGCACCAGAAAGGGGACACUCAGGGCACGGCUGAAGCCACAGGUGAUGAUAAUAAAAAUACUGACAGUACUGCUGUCGUUUCGGGCGGCAGUGAACUCGUUCCGGGCGGCGAUAAUAUCCUUGCUACUGAACCUCCGGCCAGCGGCGCUCCGGCAACGGAGCUUCUGAGCGAGCCGGCAGCGCUGGCCCUGUCAGCAGCAAUAGCAGAGCGCCACGUGGUGCUAGUUGCUGAGCUGGAGCGCACAGCAAAGCACUCGGACGUGCUGGGGGAGGAGCUGCGGUUUGCGGUUACCGGGUUGAUGCGGCUGGGGGAGCUGGAGCUGGCGCAUCAGCUGCUGCUGGGCGCGUAUGGGGAGCGGAUCAGGAGGAGCGCUCGGUCGCUGCAUCGCUCGUCCACUGGGUUUGGCGGGUCGUACACUGCUGCGCUGUCUCAGGCGGCAGAUUCAGCCAUAAUAAUGUCUCUCCUGCUCCCCUUUUCUGCCCUCCCCCCUCCCCCCUUUCCCCCUCCCCUUUUCCAGAUUGUCUUUUCCGCCAUAGCCCAGGCCACAGCCGAUUCAGCCAUAAUAUUCGCUGACCAACCAGCCUGCUCCGCGGAUCUCCUCCUAUGGGCCCGCCGCGAGGUCACCUUCGCCUUCUCCCUCCUCCGCCGCAACAUCCUCUGCUCCGCCGCCUCCCCGGGCGGCCUCCACGCCGCCUCUGAGUGCGUCUGCAUCUCCCUCGGCCACGCACGCUUACUCGAACCCCAGGGGAUCUGCCUCGUGCCCAUGCUAGGCGAGCUCAUGCGCCCGAGUGUGAUGGAGGCGUUGGAGUUUAAUAUCCUGAGGAUUGAAGAUGCGGUGGUGUCAGUGGCUACGACCGAUGAGUGGCGGUUGGAAGCGGUUGACUUGGGUGCACCGGCGUUGAUGCGGUUGAGGGGGUGGGGGGGCGUGCUGGGGCUGGGCGGGCUGAGGAUUAGGCUCACGCCGAGUGCUCAGCGGUUCUACCUGCUGCUCGUGGACCUGGUGGAGGGCAUACUCCCUGUAAUCAGCCUCCAUUUACUGGAUAGGGUUCUCGACGCCAUUGCAACGCAGUUCGAGUGUUUCGCGAGCCUCAUGGAGCUGGCGCUACCUGAGAUUCCACCUGACGCCACCCUUCCCCCGGCACCUGGCUCUGUUGGUGCUCGGGCACAGAGGAGGAGGAGAGAAAGGGAGCAGAAGAUGGUUGGAAGUGGGAUGGCAGGGGGAGAGGAUGGGGCGGGGAGAGGAGUGGGAGUGAGAGGGCAAGUUGGAGGGGUGAGUGGGAGGGGGAGUGGGGAGGGUGUGACUGUGUCAGACGGAAUGGAAGGGGAUGUGGUGGGAGGGGAAGAGGGAGGGGCGGCACGGGAGGAGAGAGGGAAGGAAGGGGGGGGGCAUAGAGGAAGGAAGGCAGGGGAGGGGAAGGGGGAGGCAGAGCGGGAGGAGGAGGAGGAGUGGGAAGAGGUAUCCAUUUCAAGGAGCGCCAGCCAGCAGAGACUGUCAAAUGGCGACGGUGCUAGCGCUGCUGCUGCUGCUGCUGCUGGGGCUUUAGCUGCUGCUGCUCUUGCUGCUGGUGAUGAAGAGGACGACACAAUUGACCACAGUAACCCGCUUCUAGACCCUCCAGCAAACAGCUGGCAUGUAUACCACGUGCAGGAGGCAGAGACAGAGGCGCAGCAGCUGGCUGUGCUGGGAAAUGUGGCUGCUUUAGCCGAUGAGCUGCUUCCUAGACUGGUAGUGAGGCUGACUAUAGCGGAUAUAGAGGAUGAGGAGGGGCUGGGGUGUUUGGGGGAUGAGGAGGAGGAGGAGAGUGAGGAGGGCGGUGGGGAAGAGGACGGGGGCGGGGUGGGGGACGAUGGGGGGAAGGAGGGGGAGGGCAACAAUAGUACGUGCAUGAUGGGGUGGUGUGGGAUGGUGUCAUGGGGUGGUGUGGGAUGGUGUCAUGGGGUGGUGUGGGAUGGUGUCAUGGGGUGGUGUGGGAUGGUGUCAUGGGGUGGUGUGGGAUGGUGUCAUGGGGUGGUGUGGGAUGGUGUCAUGGGGUGGUGUGGGAUGGUGUCAUGGGGUGGUGUGGGAUGGUGUCAUGGGGUGGUGUGGGAUGGUGUCAUGGGGUGGUGUGGGAUGGUGACAUGGGGUGGUGUGGGAUGGUGUCAUGGGGUGGUGUGGGAUGGUGUCAUGGGGUGGUGUGGGAUGGUGUCAUGGGGUGGUGUGGGAUGGUGUCAUGGGGUGGUGUGGGAUGGUGUCAUGGGGUGGUGUGGGAUGGUGUCAUGGGGUGGUGUGGGAUGGUGUCAUGGGGUGGUGUGGGAUGGUGUCAUGGGGUGGUGUGGGAUGGUGUCAUGGGGUGGUGUGGGAUGGUGUCAUGGGGUGGUGUGGGAUGGUGUCAUGGGGUGGUGUGGGAUGGUGUCAUGGGGUGGUGUGGGAUGGUGUCAUGGGGUGGUGUGGGAUGGUGUCAUGGGGUGGUGUGGGAUGGUGUCAUGGGGUGGUGUGGGAUGGUGUCAUGGGGUGGUGUGGGAUGGUGUCAUGGGGUGGUGUGGGAUGGUGUCAUGGGGUGGUGUGGGAUGGUGUCAUGGGGUGGUGUGGGAUGGUGUCAUGGGGUGGUGUGGGAUGGUGUCAUGGGGUGGUGUGGGAUGGUGUCAUGGGGUGGUGUGGGAUGGUGUCAUGGGGUGGUGUGGGAUGGUGUCAUGGGGUGGUGUGGGAUGGUGUCAUGGGGUGGUGUGGGAUGGUGUCAUGGGGUGGUGUGGGAUGGUGUCAUGGGGUGGUGUGGGAUGGUGUCAUGGGGUGGUGUGGGAUGGUGUCAUGGGGUGGUGUGGGAUGGUGUCAUGGGGUGGUGUGGGAUGGUGUCAUGGGGUGGUGUGGGAUGGUGUCAUGGGGUGGUGUGGGAUGGUGUCAUGGGGUGGUGUGGGAUGGUGUCAUGGGGUGGUGUGGGAUGGUGUCAUGGGGUGGUGUGGGAUGGUGUCAUGGGGUGGUGUGGGAUGGUGUCAUGGGGUGGUGUGGGAUGGUGUCAUGGGGUGGUGUGGGAUGGUGUCAUGGGGUGGUGUGCGAUGGUGUCAUGGGGUGGUGUGGGAUGGUGUCAUGGGGUGGUGUGGGAUGGUGUCAUGGGGUGGUGUGGGAUGGUGUCAUGGGGUGGUGUGGGAUGGUGUCAUGGGGUGGUGUGGGAUGGUGUCAUGGGGUGGUGUGGGAUGGUGUCAUGGGGUGGUGUGGGAUGGUGUCAUGGGGUGGUGUGGGAUGGUGUCAUGGGGUGGUGUGGGAUGGUGUCAUGGGGUGGUGUGGGAUGGUGUCAUGGGGUGGUGUGGGAUGGUGUCAUGGGGUGGUGUGGGAUGGUGUCAUGGGGUGGUGUGGGAUGGUGUCAUGGGGUGGUGUGGGAUGGUGUCAUGGGGUGGUGUGGGAUGGUGUCAUGGGGUGGUGUGGGAUGGUGUCAUGGGGUGGUGUGGGAUGGUGUCAUGGGGUGGUGUGGGAUGGUGUCAUGGGGUGGUGUGGGAUGGUGUCAUGGGGUGGUGUGGGAUGGUGUCAUGGGGUGGUGUGGGAUGGUGUCAUGGGGUGGUGUGGGAUGGUGUCAUGGGGUGGUGUGGGAUGGUGUCAUGGGGUGGUGUGGGAUGGUGUCAUGGGGUGGUGUGGGAUGGUGUCAUGGGGUGGUGUGGGAUGGUGUCAUGGGGUGGUGUGGGAUGGUGUCAUGGGGUGGUGUGGGAUGGUGUCAUGGGGUGGUGUGGGAUGGUGUCAUGGGGUGGUGUGGGAUGGUGUCAUGGGGUGGUGUGGGAUGGUGUCAUGGGGUGGUGUGGGAUGGUGUCAUGGGGUGGUGUGGGAUGGUGUCAUGGGGUGGUGUGGGAUGGUGUCAUGGGGUGGUGUGGGAUGGUGUCAUGGGGUGGUGUGGGAUGGUGUCAUGGGGUGGUGUGGGAUGGUGUCAUGGGGUGGUGUGCGAUGGUGUCAUGGGGUGGUGUGGGAUGGUGUCAUGGGGUGGUGUGGGAUGGUGUCAUGGGGUGGUGUGGGAUGGUGUCAUGGGGUGGUGUGGGAUGGUGUCAUGGGGUGGUGUGGGAUGGUGUCAUGGGGUGGUGUGCGAUGGUGUCAUGGGGUGGUGUGGGAUGGUGUCAUGGGGUGGUGUGGGAUGGUGUCAUGGGGUGGUGUGGGAUGGUGUCAUGGGGUGGUGUGCGAUGGUGUCAUGGGGUGGUGUGGGAUGGUGUCAUGGGGUGGUGUGGGAUGGUGUCAUGGGGUGGUGUGGGAUGGUGUCAUGGGGUGGUGUGGGAUGGUGUCAUGGGGUGGUGUGGGAUGGUGUCAUGGGGUGGUGUGGGAUGGUGUCAUGGGGUGGUGUGGGAUGGUGUCAUGGGGUGGUGUGGGAUGGUGUCAUGGGGUGGUGUGGGAUGGUGUCAUGGGGUGGUGUGGGAUGGUGUCAUGGGGUGGUGUGGGAUGGUGUCAUGGGGUGGUGUGGGAUGGUGUCAUGGGGUGGUGUGGGAUGGUGUCAUGGGGUGGUGUGGGAUGGUGUCAUGGGGUGGUGUGGGAUGGUGUCAUGGGGUGGUGUGGGAUGGUGUCAUGGGGUGUAGCGGAUACAGAAGGUAUGGAGGGGGCGGGGGCGGAUUCGGAGAGCAGCGCGGCAGAUUUGAAACCUACUCACCAAGAGGAUCCUCUUUUGGUGAAACCUACUCCUCCUUUCCCUGCCCCACCUACUCACCACCCCUCUGCACCCCGUUGCACCUAUGUCCACUCCCCCCUGCCUGCAGCAACCUAGCAAAGCAGAAGAUGUGGAGGGCGCGCAUUCAGAGAUCCUCGCGUCGAAUUCGGGAGAUCUUCUGUGCGUCGCUGUGGGGCGGGUUUGUGUUCAGCGAGAGUGGGGAGCGCGUGCUGUGUGCAGACGAGUACCUGGGCAUGGAUGCAUGCACCAAGCUGCAGCAGUGGAUGAUGCACCCCCUGCCAUCGCCGCCCUUCCAGGCUUUAUUCCUCACAGUGAAUGCCGUGCAAUCAAGCCUAGAGCGCGUGCUAAGGGGCCAAGAAGGCAUGCACAGGAGGCUGCUGAGACGAGUCAUGGAGUGGCUGCUAUCGGGUCUGCUUAUAGAGAGUACAAUGUGGGAAGACAUUCAGGCUGCGGACCCACCCCUUGGCCCCAUCGGCCUGCACCAGCUCGUGUUUGACAUGUACUUUGUGGUGCAAGCAGCGCACAGUGGCAAGACCUCCUCUCCACUCAUCCGGGGGUUGGCAGAAGAUGCAGCCACACGGGCGAUUGUGGCUUACAGUGCACGCACAGGGGAGGACCCCAAGAGGCUAGUGGAGGAGGACUGGUGGUAUCAGCACAAGUGCCAGACGGUACUAGAAGAGCUCAAGGAGGCAGCAAGCCAGCCCACCAGCCCCACUGCAGCCUCUACCUCCGCCACCACUCCCUCCACCUUCGUCUCCGACUCGCCGUUUUCGUGGCUUCACAGCAACAGCAUUAAGGGCAAUGGGGACGGUGACAGGGGCGGGGGGGUGCCAGAGCUCAAGGUGAUCAAGCGGUCGGUCGUUUCGUUCUCCGGCAUGAGGGCUGCGCCUCCGCCCAUUCGAGACGCUCGUAGCUACACCACACUGAUGUGA